AGGUACAGCAAUAACAAUAACACUCUGCCCACUAUUUCCAGGUUGAACAAGAAUCACCGUGCCGCUCAGGUCGCAGAUUAUCCGGCUUAUGGCGUCACAGGCCCCAAUAAGGACGUCUCCCCCACCAGCGGAGACAGGAAGCUCGCCCAGUCCGCUCACAUGUACCAUUAUCAACACCAAAAGCAGCAGAUGAUUGCCCUUGAAAAGUCAUCUGGUGGGGAGCGCCAUGGGUCGACUUCCGACGUGGACUCUGAGGAGGAAGGGGAAGAGAACGAGUAUACUGUGUACGAGUGCCCUGGCCUUGCUCCGACUGGUGAAAUGGAGGUAAAGAACCCACUUUUCCCCGACGACCCAACACCGGCAACACCUUCGAUGAGAAAGGAGGCUGACGACGAAGAGGAAGAGGAAGAAGAACAGAAAGCAAAAUGAAGAGGAACUACUAACGACGGAUAAAAUCACCCUAAAAAGAACAAGCUACCACUGUAUCCAAACAUUGGGGAACUUUGAAAUGAUAGUGUAGGCCAAAUCGUUCUUGAAUAACUAUGUAUUUCAGCUUCGGAAUAAGCUUCUAUAUAUACUAUUUACUGUCAUUUAACAGAAACUGCUUAGCUAUGUGAAAUUCCCUCUUUUCCAGGUUAUGGAGUCGUACUUACGUCUUGGGUGUGCGAAUUUUAGGUACUUAAGUAAAAAGAGUAAUAUAUAUAUAUAUAUGUAAUGGAACUAAAAAUGGUGUUUAGGGAAAUGUACAUAAAGAUCAUACAAGAUUUAUUUACUAAAAGGAGGGGUUUAAAGUCAAGGGGAAAGCAAGACAAAGCUAGUAUAUUAAACUUACCAGCUCUUAAGCAAGAGUAGUUUAGGUUACAACAGCAACUAAGAGAAUUAAGAUAAACCUGGUGUGUUAAGAGAGGAAAGAGAGAGGAAGAAAAAUUAAACAAGACUGAUUAUUUCGGCUAAAGAAAAAGUAAGCUUUAAAGUGAUGUGGAACCUUGUAAGACAAAAAGAGUACACGAACAAGCAUUC